AUGAGACUCUCUGCCCUGAUCCUGGCCGCCGUGGCCGACGCAGUUGUGCUCGCUCGUUGUGACAGUGCUCCGAAAAUAGAUGAAGAUGGACGGUAUACCAUCUCCGCUCCUGGUAUCAAGGCCCAGUUUAUCCCCUAUGGCGCCACCCUAACAAACCUCUUCGUGAAAGACAAAAACGGCGAAGAUAUCGAUGUCGUCCUCGGCUAUGACGACGUCGAUUAUUACCCCGUGGACCCCGGCCACCCAGUCUACAACGCCAUCCCCGGCUGCUACGCCGGGCGAAUCGGUAAGGCCCGGUACACAAUCGACGGGGUAACCUACGAGACAGAACGUAACGAUGGUGAGAACACUCUCCACAGUGGCACCAACAACUGGUCAUUCCGCUACUGGAAUGUAACAGCUUACACCGCGGACUCCAUCACUUUCUCCUUGCUUGAUGAGUCCGAGUCGUCCAAGGGCUUCCCCGGGCGUGUCGAGGCCAACGUAACCUACUCUGUGACGAACAACACCUGGCAUAUCAAGAUGACGGCGCACUCCCUUGACAACAAGACCCCCAUCCUCCUAACUCAACACACCUACUUUAACCUUGACGCCUACCGUAACCCCGCCACCUCACUCAUUUGGAACCACACCCUUGCCCUGCCCUACUCCCCUCGCUACCUCGAGGCCGACGACGCUGCGCUGCCCACAGGCAAGAUCCUCACUGCUGCUGCCAACUCCAUCAACGACUUCCACAGCGCCGGCCACGAAGGCCGGCCACUCGGCCACUCCCGCCAUCUUCCCCAGUUCGCAGGUAACUGCGGCGGCGGCGGCAUGUGUGAGGGAUAUAACGGGUAUUGGCUCUUCGAUGACAUUCCAGAGACAAAGGACGGGGAAGAGAGGCCCGUGGUCGUGGUGCUGAGUAGUGAGUUUUCGGGUGUGAAGGCAGAGCUGAGGACUGAUCAGCCUGGUGUGGUGGUGUAUACGUGUAAUUGGAUGAAUGGGAGCGCCAAGCUGAAGAGUACUCAGGGAUUGGAAGGGAGGGAUACGGUGGGGAGGAGUAGCUGCAUUGCGAUCGAGGCGCAGGAGUGGCCGGAUGGGAUCAACCAUCCGGAGUGGGGUCGGCUAGAGAAGCAGAUAUUUGGCCCCGGGCAGAGGUAUAGCUGGGAGAGCUCGUGGACUUUUAGUGCGUAA